UAGUAAUAUGAUUAGAAAUAAAUACAUUACUACCUAAAGAGACUUCAACUGUCCAAUUGAAUACCUCAAACUACCACUAUAAUCUUUGCUCUUGCUUAAUGUUUUUUUUAAUUAUAUUUUUUUUGCUCUUGCUUAAUUGGUCCUUUUUGUGGUCCAUUUUUUCCUUUCCAACUGUGUGCCAACUUGGUCCAUUUAAUUCAGCCUCAUAUUCACACUCUUUGCAUGUUAUAUAUGCUUGUCUAAUUGCUUACUAGCAAGUCACACAAACUAAUUAUAUCCAUCUCCAUAAAAACACUUAGAAUUUGUAGGUGUUUUGUGUGAAAAAAUGGCUACAACUAGCUCUAGUCUUUCCAUUAUUUUCGGUCUUUUCUUGAUUUUGGGAGUGGCUGUUUCCCAAAGUGAAGCUAGGGCAUUUUUUGUGUUUGGUGAUUCACUUGUUGAUAGUGGAAAUAAUAAUUAUUUGGCUACUACUGCAAGGGCAGAUUCUCCUCCUUAUGGCAUUGAUUAUCCAACUAGAAGAGCUACUGGUCGUUUCUCCAAUGGCUACAAUAUUCCUGACCUGAUCAGUCAGCAAAUUGGCUCUUCAGAAUCACCACUGCCUUACUUGAGUCCAGAGCUUACUGGACAAAGGCUUCUUGUUGGUGCUAACUUUGCAUCAGCUGGAAUUGGAAUUCUAAAUGACACUGGCAUCCAAUUUGUGAACAUAAUUCGAAUCGGGCAGCAGUUGGAUUACUUCAGACAAUAUCAGAGAAGAGUGAGUGGGCUAAUUGGAGAAGCAAGUACUCAGAGACUUGUAAAUCAAGCUCUUGUUCUUAUGACUCUUGGAGGCAAUGACUUUGUCAACAACUACUAUCUCGUGCCCAAUUCUGCACGAUCGCGCCAAUAUUCUAUCCAAGAUUAUGUCCCUUAUCUGAUAUCAGAAUACCGUAAAAUUUUGAUUAAUCUGUAUAAUCUGGGAGCUCGUCGAGUCAUUGUGACUGGUACUGGACCUUUAGGUUGCGUCCCAGCAGAACUUGCCCAACGUAGCAGGAACGGGGAAUGUGCAGCCGACUUGCAACAAGCUGCAGCCUUGUUCAACCCACAACUUACACAAAUGUUGCAGGGGCUUAACAGUGAACUGGGCGGCAAUGUUUUCAUUGCUGCAAAUACAAGACAAAUGGCCAUAAGUUUCAUCACUGAUCCACAAAGAUAUGGAUUUAUAACAUCAAAGGUUGCAUGUUGUGGGCAAGGGCCAUACAAUGGUCUUGGCCUAUGUACACCACUGUCUAACUUGUGCCCGAAUAGAGAUGUUUACGCAUUUUGGGAUCCGUUCCACCCAUCUGAGAAGGCAAAUAAGAUAAUUGCGCAACAAAUCUUGACCGGCUCGUCACAGUACAUGACACCAAUGAAUCUCAGUACAAUUCUGGCUAUGGAUUCACAGACAUAACAUACAUAUCUGGAUCAGAAUAAUAUGUUCAUUGUACCCUCUUUUUGUUUGUUACUAAUAUUUUUGGCUAUAAAUAAGUUGUCUGCAGCACUUCAUAAUGUGCUCUUUUAAAAUUUUCAAAAGUUUGGCUGUGUGCUAUGUAAUUCACAAAAUUCAGUAAUCUAAUUUGUAGGUGAAGUGUGAUUUUAUUGAAAUGUAAACCAAGUGUUCUCUUUUUUAUCUCAAGUGAAACAGUUUCAUCA